AAAAAAGCCUAAAAAAGAAAAGAACUCUACAAAAUUCCCCCAAAAAAGAAAACUUUUUAAAAAAUUUUAAAGUGCGAUUCCAAAUUAAUUGAACUGACUUUUGAGACUGAAUAUUGAAACUGUGUUUUGUUUUUUUUUUCUUGUUGUUUGUGAACUGUGAGUGUGAGUGUGUGUGUUCGUGUGCGUGUGUGUGUCCUUAAACACUCUCAAGGCUGUGCAUAAAGUUCGAUUCGUUUCGUUUCGUUUCGAUUUGAAGUUGAAGCAAAAUGAUUUGCCCGAAGCGCACAUCGGAGUUGCUGGAUCUGCAUCUGGCGCCGUUCAAGGACAAGGAUCCCGCCUGGGAGGUGGGCGUAUCGAAGAUCGCCGGACGCGGAGUGAUGGCCACUCGACAUCUGAAGCGUGGCGAGAUCAUCUUUCAGGAUAGUCCGCUCCUCAUUGGAUUGGCUGCCCACGAGGAGGAUUCGCUGAACUCGUGCAGCGUGUGCUUCAAAGUGCUGCCGGAUACGAGAUUCAUGUGCCGUCAGGGCUGCGGUUUGCCCGUCUGCAGUCUGUGCUCGAAGAAGAAACAGCACAAGUCCGACUGCGAUAUGUUCAAGUCGUGGGGCCCCAACGAACCGGAUGUGGCCAAUUCCGUGAUCAUUCGUUUGCUAUGCGUUGCGCGUGCCAUCAAUUUGUCGAAAGAUCAGCGCGAUUUAAUCUAUUGCCUGCAGGCCAAUUUGGACAACAAUCAUCGCACCGAAGUCCGCAAUGCGGCCAAAUGCUUUAAGAAUUUCCCCACCGACAAGAAGCUGGUGGAGAUCAUGAAUCGCACUGUCGCCGUGUUGCGUACGAAUGGCUUCGAUAAGACAACGGACCGGACGACGGACAAUCAGGAGUUCAACUAUCGCGCCCUCUAUCCCCUGUUUGGUGUGAUGAAUCACGAUUGCAUUCCCAAUUCGUACUACACCUUCGAUGAGAAGACCAACAAUAUGAUCGUGCGUGCCGCUGUCGAUAUCCUCGAGGGCGAGGAGAUAACCACAACCUAUACGAAACUCUUCACCGGCAACAUUGCGCGACAUCUCUUCCUCAAGAUGAAGAAGGGCUUCACUUGCAAGUGUCCACGCUGCUCCGAUUCAACGGAGAAAGGCGCCUUCAUAUCGGGUCUCUACUGUCGCGACACCAAUUGCACGGGUCUCGUGGUCCCGGAGAUAACGGGACUGCCGCAUCCCAAUUGGAAUUGUUUGGUGUGCAAGCAGAAAUCGACGCAUGCUCAGAUGAUGAAGUCACAGGAUUUCGCAAGCGGUGCCAUCAAUGCCAAGGCCAAUUCGAAUUCGUUGCGUACUCUGGUGCAUUAUUUGAACGAGAAGAGCGACAGCUUCAUACCGAACAGCAAUUAUGUGGUGAUCGAUGCCAAGAUGAGUGUCCUCAAUCGCCUUGCCGUUGGUCGCGAGGAUUGCAACGAGGAUCUGGAGUCGAGUACGAAGUGGCGCUAUUGCCGUGACAUCACACAGGUCAUGGACAAGCUGGGCUUGGGUGAUUCGCUCUUGCGCACACAGCUCGAGACGGUGUUCCGCAAGGAGGAGGAGCGUCGGGCCAAGAAGCAACUGGAGCUCGCCGAGAAGCAGCGUCAACAGGCCGAACUCGAGGCGAAGGCAGCCGAGGCCGAUAAAUUGCUUGCCGCCUUGGCUGUCGAGGGCGAUGCAGCGACCGCUGUUGCUCCUCCAGAGCAGUCCUAAGGAGGAUCUGCUCUGCUAUCCUGCUAUCCUGCUGGGUGCUAAUGCUCCCUCUUUUUCCCCAAUCCCAAUCCCUGCCCCAGCCCCGACAGCAGUUCACUUCUCGUAUUUUUUUUUUGUGUGUUUGUUUUACGUCGUCUCGUAUUUGUAUUUAUUUAUUUAUAAUCAAUUAAAAUAUAUAUACAUACUCGUACAUACUAAAA